AUGGCCGCAACUACUGAAUCCUGGUUCAAGAGAGCCGGGUGGACGGUCUCGAAAGUAUUCUUCCAUUUAUUCUUCUGGGGCCUACAUAUUGGUCUCUUUGCUGUAGGAUGGUACCUGCAGGCCUCGAAUCCCAAACUGGAACCACUUAAUGCUCUCCAGUAUUCAGUUUGGAUCUCGCGAGGCGCAGGUCUGGUGCUUUCGGUUGACUGCACCUUGAUCUUAUUCCCGAUGUGUCGAAACGUUCUCCGGUGGCUCAGACCGCAGAUCAGAUGGUUGCCUCUCGAUGAGUCGGCUUGGUUUCAUCGCCAGAUAGCUUAUGCUAUACUGGUCUUUACGGCCAUUCACACAGCGGCACAUUAUGUUAACUUCUACAAUGUGGAAAAACAUCAGAUCCGCCCGGAGCUGGCCGUUGAUAUGCACUUCAAACAGGCGGGUGGCAUUACGGGUCAUGUCAUGCUCCUCUGCAUGAUGUUGAUGUACACUACUGCUCAUCACCGAAUCCGCCAACAGGCAUAUGAGACCUUCUGGUAUGCGCAUCACCUUUUUAUACCGUUUAUGUUGGCUCUUUACACCCAUGCCACCGGAUGCUUUGUCCGAGAUACCGCCGACCCAAUAUCUCCACUGGCAGGAAAGGAAUACUGGGACCAUUGUCUCGGCUACGAAGGAUGGCGAUGGGAGUUGGUUAUUGGAGCCUUGUAUCUCUUUGAGCGGCUCUACAGAGAAAUUCGUGCCCGGCGCGACACGGUGAUUACAAAAGUGAUCCGUCACCCUUAUGCCGCCAUGGAAAUCCAGUUCAACAAGCCGAGCAUGAAAUACAAAGCUGGUCAAUGGCUAUUUCUUCAAGUCCCCGACGUGUCCAGCACCCAAUGGCACCCAUUCACCAUCACAUCCUGUCCCUUCGAUUCCUACCUCAGCGUGCAUGUCCGGCAAGUAGGAGACUUCACCCGUGCCCUCGGAGACGCUCUCGGUUGCGGUCCCGCCCAAGCAAAGGACCUCGAAGGUCUCGACCCGAACGGCAUGUACGAAGUCGCUCUACAAAACGGUCAAACCAUGCCAUCGAUUCGCGUGGAUGGGCCUUAUGGUGCCCCCGCGGAGGAUGUGUUCGAGAAUGAAAUCGCUGUGCUCAUCGGUACCGGCAUUGGUGUAACGCCUUGGGCAUCCAUUCUCAAGAACAUCUGGCAUCUUCGCUCAAGUCCGAACCCUCCGCGUCGUCUCCGUCGUGUCGAGUUUAUCUGGGUCUGCAAGGAUACGUCGUCUUUCGAAUGGUUCCAGGCUCUCUUGUCUUCGCUUGAGGCCCAGUCUGCUAGCGCCGCUGUCAAUGAAGGACGAACUGAAUUCUUACGCAUCCAUACAUAUUUGACCCAGCGCUUGGAUGCUGAUACUGCUGCAAAUAUCUAUCUCAACUCUGUGGGCCAAGCUCUCGAUCCACUUACCGAGCUAAGGAGUCGAACCAAUUUUGGUCGGCCGGAUUUCAACCGUCUUUUCACUGCCAUGCGUCUCGGGCUACUGGACCAGUCGUACAUGACUGGGCUCCAGAGUGCUUCCGCUACCGAGAUUGGUGUAUACUUCUGUGGCCCUAAUACUGCCGCGAUGCAAAUCAGCGAUGCAGCCAAGGCUGCCUCGACAAAGGAUAUCCGGUUCAAGUUCUGGAAAGAGCACUUCUAG